UGCAUAAUGCUCGGGUGGUUUAUAUCAACAGAUGAAAUACAGAACUACAAAAACCGGCAGCUCCUGUCCCAAAUAACAACGAUGGGACAAAUGUGGUCGACUUCACGCGGGGCUGCGCAGACUGAUCAGCUUAUGACAACCAAGUACCGCGAGAGUGAUUAGAACGCACCGCUUGCUCUUUCCGGCAUGAUGACCUAAAAUCUGUCACAAAAUGCACUCCCAUGUACCCUUGUGGACUCGUGCCUAGUGCCCUAUAGGUCUGCACUUCCUGACGUCACCAAGUGUGGACUCGCAGGAGGUCGACAAGACCUGAAUGCGCCAUUUGGGAAAGGGCCAUCAAGGAUGCAUCGAAUGCAUACUUGCGCGCCAACGGAACCCGCUUGAAGUCCCAGAAAGACGCCCAUCCAAGUUCGUUCUUCCUAGGCUGCCGUACAAGACCGCUAUCUACGAUAACACAAGUGCGUUCUUGGCAUUGAGCAACGGCCCAGGUCAAAACAAUGCAGAUAUAUUAACGCCACUCCGUACCGACAGGGUGCGGUAAAUCACUUUUUGAGAUCUUGUAGACCGAUAAAGGUCUCCGCCUGGUGUCCGGUUGCAUUGAACGCGGAACUCUGGAUGGAAAGCAACAACACUGACUAAGAGCCGGUGGUUUAUCUGUCAAUUUAGCACAAGGAGUUGGCGAAACGUCUCGCUAAGGCGAUUAAGUGCCUGUCAUGAUCAUCCAUAGUGGAUAGGUGAAGGUACAUGUGUGUGCAUGUGGCCCCCAAGUGCUGCUAAACGACCAUGGAGCCUGAUGUCGUCCGUCUGUACUCUUCCUCUCCGCCUCCAUUGGAUGAGGUUGGAGAGGAAGAAGAGCAGGAUGAAUUCGGUGAGUUUGGGAGUUUCUGUGGUGGAGAAGUGUCAUCCAGCAGUAGUUUUUUAGAGAUUGACACACCCACAACAUUCAACCAAUCAAAUGCGCUAGAGGACUCGCCGCCUGACCUAUCUGUGCAGGAUCUCAAUGUUUCGGGAAAGACUGUACGGGCUGAUGAAAAUAAACUGGUUGGGGAAUCACAACAGCCUUGUGUCGUAUCAAUCCAAGAAACAUCAAAAAAUGAGACCGAGAAGUACAGUUGUGUUGAGAAGAAGGAGAAAGAUUCUUCAGAGAUUUUUAUGAAUGGUGUUCCAUCCUCCGACCUCCAGAGGGAGCUCAUUAUUUCUAGCAGUGAUCAGCACUGUCUCCCGUUACCUACUUGUAUAGGAGACAACAGCACUGGUGAGCAUAUAGACAACACAGUUGAUGGACAUUCAGGUCUCAGUAAUGGCUACAGUAUGUAUUUAGAGCAUGACAUAGAUUCUAGUGUCAGCUCUGAAUUGGAUGUCAGAAUAUCAGAAGAACAGAGCCUGCCGCUAUCUAACAGUCACUCGUACGAUAAAGACACUUCAGAUCGCGAAGACACAGAAGUGAGGGUAGAGCUAUGCAAUGACUUCCAGUUAUUGACUUCCUGUGGAGAUGCAGAGGAUGCUGAGGGAACAGAAGAGACAGGGAGUAUCUCAGUCUCCUCUAGUCAUGUUAAUGGUGAUGGGUCAACAAACUCUAAAGACACAGCUGGAGCAGCAACAUCCCCCUCAACAGAUAUGGAUCUUAUCUCUGAUACACAGCUGACUGGAGAAACGACUGAAAUACAUGAAUCUUCAAUUAACAUAGAGACGGGGAUAGAAGCAGACAAUGCGGCUUUUAAUGAAACCUCCAAUGAGGACUUUGGAGAUUUCAGAGAUGCAACUCAGGGUUUAACAGACUUCAGCCGGACUGAAUCUGUAACCCAGGAGGGGUUCGCUGAUUUUGUCACAGCAAUGUCCAGGUGCUCCACAGAUGAUGAGUUUGUUGAUGCGGACACGCUGAAGGACUUUCAGGAGGAAGAUGAGCUAGUCCAAGAGGACAGUGCUGGAGAUGAGGGAGCUUUUUGUUCAGAGUUGCCACCUAGUGACAGUUUUGCAGAUUUUAGUUCAGCUCCGUUUGUUGGUUUGGCGGUGGAUGAGGGCGAGAACUGGGCUUCGUUUGGACAGCAGAAAAGUGGAGAAGAAGUUCAGGAUUCAUGGGCAACUUUUGGGGAGGAGGAGGAGAGUACUUUACAAUACGAAGAAAAACAAGAUGGUGUUACUUCAGCACCCCUUAAUGACAACUUCGAGAUCACCGGAACAGACAGAGACACAGCUGAAUUCUGCUCCAAAAUACAGCAUCUCUUUAGUACAGCCUUUCCUUUAGAUGUCAAUCCUGAAAUCAGUGAGGUCACAGAAGUCUCACUCCUCCAGAACAUCCUGCAGGAACAGGAUCCCCAGGACAAAAUUGAUGCGAGUAUCUCCUUUUCUCAGGGGCAUGAUUUGGCCAUGUGGCGUCACCUUCAGGACAUUCACGGUGCGCAUGGCCUCAAGUUCAAGUGGGCAGGUUCCCAUAGCAACAGACUGUUGCUGGAUUGCCUAGGAAUCAGAAAUAUUUUGUUCACUGGGGAGAAGAAGCAGCCAAUAAUUGUGCCUAUGUUUGCUGCCGGACUGGGAAUGCUGGAACCCACCAGAGAAUCUCAAAAAUCUCUCGCCUCACCUGCACUUUCUUCACCCGUUCCUGUGGAGAGUGGAAGUAUUUUAUGCACUCAGCAGUUGGUGCCAUCUUUGACCAUUCACGAUGACGGCAUUGAUCCAGAGUUGUAUGAGCUGACAACAGCUAAAAUGGAGACAAAAAGUGCUGGUCACAGCAUUACAGAUGCCUUCACCAAACUAAUAGAAUCUAUGGAGAAAACCACAACAGCCAGGAAGCCGGAACAAAAUGAAAAAAUAAGUGAAGAAGCAUCAAAGAUCAUCUCACUUCUCCCUGAUCUGUCCUUUAUGCGGGCCAGGGUUCUUAUGUUUCCUUCUACCCUAACUCCAGCAGCCAAUCAUAAAUAAUCAAACAUUGCCACCAGCCAAUCAAAUUUAAGCUUCACUGUUCUGUCAGUCUUGAUCAAUUAUUCGCUUUACAUACACCAGCAAUAAACCCCUUCAAAAACAGUUCACCUUUUAUAUUUAAAAUGAAUUGCUUUUACGUAUGAAACAUUGUCCUUCAAGCACCCAAUUUUUUGGACAUGAUAUUUGAAACAGUAUUUCACUUCUUGUAUAUGACACACAUCAUGCUAUGAUUUUAUUUUUGAGUGCGGUUUGUAAAAUUUGAGUACUUGGAUGGCACUUUUAACUCAAAGAGGUGAUAUGCAGAAUUGCACAUUUUACUACUUGAAACCACAGCCUGUAAAUAUUGAUCCCUGUUUGCUAUAUAUAGUAUAUUGAUUCGUUUAUUUUUUUCUUUUUAAUAUCAUUUAGUUCAUAGGCUUCUCUCAUUGGUCUACAACUAACCAUUUUACACCUCACUUAGUAUAACCACCCUCUCUUUUAGCUAAUUGUUGUUUUUAAUUUAUUUUGUUUUCACAAACUGACCAGCACAAAGAUAAUAUUUUAUGUAAUUUUCAUAACUUUAGUGAGGGAACCGUGUUUUUGCAUGUUUGCUUGUGUUGUGAUUGUGUUUUUAAUGUCGUGUCACUGUAAUUUUUUAAGCAGUAUCUGUUUGCACAAUCUAAAAAUAUAUGUAAAGUAUAAUGUGAAUCCGACAGCAGUGAUAUGACCCGCACUGUGUUAAAGAUGGCUAUGGUUUGUAUUGUUCCUGUGGAAAAGAGAUUGUAAAUGGGUUUGCCUGUGUGCUCAUAUAAUUUGUUGAUGAUUUUAAAAUUGUAACAAUAAAAGAGGCAGAUCAAUGUACAUUUUA